GUAUGCACCGCCAACCGGACUCCUAUUCACCCAAGUCAUUCGACCGCCUUUCCUGAAGCCGAGUUUCUGAUCUGUCACGCGUCAGUUGGCGCUCGAUUCAAGUCAACUGUCUGGAAAUGUCGCUGAAUUUCUUAACUCCAACGCGCCGAGAGUGAUUGCACAUGAAGCUUAGGCUCUCACAUCCUUAGAGAUCUCUCGUGUUUUCGUUCUCAGCUACGUCGACAGUUUGCCCGUCUCUCUACAUCCCCGUCGGUCGGAUCUCGUUAACGAUGUAUGUGACAGCAACGACUGAUCGACGGACGCCAUGUCACGUUCACAGCCAAAAAUAUUUCAACACUCCAGCCGAAUAUGCAUAGAACGACCAGGCCGUCCUAGAUUCUGUCGCGGUACAGCUUCAGACAAAUGCGGUGUGUACACAACAGUGUGGGUGUUGGAUGUUCUAGUCCUCUCAGUCAGGUUUUCUUCCCUUCCUCUCUCUCUCAUUUAUCUCGUAUUUUAUUUUUACUUUAUUUCUUAUUACUCUCUCUUCUUCCUUGCCCUUCAGUGAGUGGAUACAGGAUUGCCCGGGAGCAAUAGGUUGUUGCCUAUCGGUAUAAGUGGGCGAUGGAACCCACAAGUGCUAUUGAGUUAUUUGUGAGCUCUCGGGUGGGCAUCGCCAGUCUCAAAAUACUAAUAAUAAAGGUGAUGCGUCAAUACCUUCAACCGAAGCCUGACAGUGCGUCUUAGGAAUAGGAAUAGCUUCGACAGAUCCCAGAGUUCGGAGAACCCACUUGGCGGGGACCCCCAUCGGUUGUCCUAAAAAGGGUUAACUACCAUCUCCCACCGUAUUAGUGCCUGAGGUGUCGAGUAGAUCUGUGCUCCAUAUUGUGGGAACCAAUGAAUCCACAAGGAUCUCACGUCCGUGCC